UUUUCUGCUAAAAAAACUCAAUAUAUGAAACCCUAGCCAGUGCCAUUUUUACGUUAAAAAUUCUAAAUUCCAAUCAAAACAAAUCCCUAAUCCCCAAAUUUUUGUUCUCAAAUCGAAUUCGUUUCCGUUUCCUUUUAUUGUAUGGUAUUUUUGUUUACUACAAACAAUCUAAGAGAUUUCAGGAUCCCUGCCCCAGCAGCAGCAACGAAACCCUAGAAAUCUCCCGUUUCACCUCUCCCUUGUCAAUUGUGUUGGUUUCGAUGUGGGAUAACUGAAUCGAUUGAGAGUGCGCUGUGAGGUGAAAGAAAAAGGAAGAACAAAAAAUGAGCAGGCUAUCGUUUAGGCCACGCCCAUUGGACAUACACAAAAAGCUACCGAUUGUUAAGUCAGUCAAAGACUUUGAAGACGAUGACACUCCAACUUCCGCUACUCGCAACUCUCAAAUGCUCCGUCUUGCUGCUGCCGAAGUUGAACCCGAGGUGCAACCACUUGCUACCAAGAAACUGGCUCCUGAAAUACCUACACCUCAGUUUGUUGUUGUGGAUACUUAUGAAAGAGAUUAUUCUCGCACGUUCUUUCAACCCACAUCCUAUUUACGAGCAAGGGGAGCCCGGGCUGAGAUUGGAGAGUUUGUUGAGUAUGAUCUAGAUAAUGAGGAUGAAGAUUGGCUUCAAGACUACAACAAAGAUAAGAAGAUUCUUGCACCUGAAAAGUUGGAGAGUCUGCUUUUUAAGUUGGAGGUGUUGGAUCAUAAAGCUCGUGAAAGAGCUGGAGUUAUAACACCUACUCUUGUUUCACCAAUUCCUGUGUUGUUGACGAUGGAUGCUGCUAUUGAGGCCUUGCAAUCUCAAUCCAUCAAAUAUGGAGUCUUUCAGGCGGUUUAUAAUUAUUGGAAAGAAAAGCGUGAACGGUGGCAGAAGCCUAUUUUACGCCGCUUGCAGCCUCCUCCACCAGUUAAUGAUAACAACCCCUACAAUGUCUUUAGGCCAAGGGAAAAAGCUCACAGACUUCACACAAGAAGGAUGCAAAGGAGGGAAAACAAUGUGCAGUCGUUUGAAAAGCUUCGCCAGGUCAGGCGCAACCUAGAUCAAGCCAAGACCUUACUUGAGGCUUUGAUUAAGAGAGAAGAGAAGAAGAGAGAUGUUCUGGAAUGUGAAGUUAGUCUUCAGAGGAUCCAAAUGAAGUACAAGCACGAAACUGAACUCCUCGAAGAUAUUACGCUUCCUGGAUUUCCACCAAUAUCUAGCAAGUUUGCUUCUAGUGAAGAUGAGUUUAUGGACUCGGAUGACCUUGCAAACAGCCGUCCACGUGCACGACCUGCUGCAGUUCAGAAUCCACCUCUAACAGAUUCUAAUGUAGGCAUGGCUCCUACUGCAAGUGUUAAGCAAGAGUUCCGGCGGCGACAUUUGUUGCAUGGAUGGCUCCAUAAACUGGAUCCUCUUGAGCCAGUUUUGUUGUUCACAAAACCACUAGUUCCGGAUAAGCUGGCAGCUGCAAACAUUGUACCCCCAUCUGAUACUUCAACAAAAAAUGGUGCCUCUACACCACCUUAUAAAUUUCAUGGAAGAAUGGGGCGUGGGGGCCGAAUUGUGUUUGACAGAUGGAAUCCUCUCAUGCAUACACCAAUCGAUUACAGUAACUCAUUUUACAUUCCGCGGAAGCCGCGGCCUUCAACAUAUAACUAAUUUGGUUUUUUUUUUUUUUUUGCUUGGUCCUUGGCUGCCUUAUCCGGCAGAUUCCACUGUAAAGAAAAUUCAAUAGAUAUUUUAUUUGUUGUAUUGAUAUACAGUGGGACUGAGCAAAGAUGGUUAGGUUGUUGAAUGUUCUUUGAGCCCUGCCUUUCGGUGUUUUUCCGCCGGCAGUGGCGAUACAUCUAUGUAUCCAUUUCUUUUCCCUUUCUGCCUAAAGCUCUUAUUUUGCAUAAA